AUGAAAAAUUAUUCUUUCGAGCUACACGAGUCCUCGCCAGAAUACCCUGACAAGGCAGUUCGUCACGAACGCCCCGAGUCACUAUGGACUGGUCUACCUCGCGACAUCGACAAUUGUUCACGAAGGGUCGAGACGCCAUUACCGGGUACCUCUAUCGUUGUGCCUCACAGAGAUCCAACGAUUUCUAGGAUUUUACACGGCUACUCAUGGGAGUUGAGUUCGAUUGGACUAGCUACGGGCUCGGUACGAUACCAUCGAAAAGUCUCUCACGCCCAAGAUUUCACCAGCUCACUUAAGCCUGUGUCCAUCUCAUACUGGGCAGCUUCGAUCUUAGCUGGAAGAGUUUCACUCCUCUCCUGGACCCUGUGGUUCCGCAAACCACAUGAUAUCAAAACUCUAACACCAAUAGUAAUUAUUCUCAGCUUCCCACUUCUACUCGUUGGGAUGAUCGCUGUGAAUCUCUUUCCAUUGGUUCCAUUGAAGUCGGAGAUGGCAACAGAAAUCGCUUUGGUGGGAUACUUGUUCCAGGGCAUGUCCAGCAUCUUUGCUGGUGCAUAUUUUUUCACGUAUCUUCAACGCGUAGCAAUCACUGGCCAUAUCUCUGGUCCUUCUACUUCGACCAUCUUUAUAGCGGUCGGCCCACCGGCUCUCACCGCUCAUGUAUUGAUUAGACUUGGAAGAUUGGCGCCAAUAAUAUUCGUCGAGUCGCCUAAUCUACUCCUAACGGAGGGUCUUGGGGAGACCUUCCAAGGCUUCGGUAUGUUGGCUGGGUUGAUGCUUACUGGAACAGCCUUGUUGAUAUAUGUCAAGUCCAUGAUUACAUUCUGGUGGAAAGGAAAUAAGAUACUUGAUGAUGUAAUGGGGCUCUGGAUCAUAAUAUUUCCUAAUGUGGGACUCGUACUUGCUGUACGAUCACUUUAUGAGCUGUUUGGGACACCUUGGCUUCUAUUUAUUCAGCUCUUCCUGAGUGUUGUAUUGAUCACCAUAUAUGUCACGCUGGGGCCACUCUCUUUCUUUUCUUCUCUUUCAAAAUCUCCAACUAAGAGGCAAAGGGAAGCGACGCCACCCACGGACAACGAUUCGUCCAAUAGACAGCCUUCUCCGGCUCUUGCUUCACCUACGUCUCAGACAUCUUCAUCAAGAUCCGGAAAGCACGGGAAAUUCGAGGUAUACCCCAUGGACCUCUUCGCCUCACCUUCUCUGUCGCGUUCUAAUUCAGUAGGGGGAGAAACCCUGGUGGGACAUGCAGUCUAG